AUGCGUCGCUCCCCUCUUAGGUCUCUUCCACUUCUACUGCAUGUAUCACUGGGCCGUGCAGUUCCUUACUUGACUGCAGCUGUAGGAGCUGGAACGGAGAAAGAUGAGCACGGAGAAGCUCCGGGGUCGCCAGAGUUUUGGUGGAAGUUGAUCAUCAGUGUUGCGCUGGUCCUGAUUGGUGGUGUAUUUGCGGGGUUGACUCUUGGUCUUAUGGGCCUUGACGAACUCCAUCUACGUGUACUUUCUACUUCGUCGGAGGAUCUUGUAGAAAAGCGAAACGCGCAAAAGGUGCUGCGGCUCUUGACGAGAGGAAGACAUUGGGUCUUGGUGGUUCUCUUGCUUGGCAAUGUCAUUGUCAAUGAAAGCUUGCCAAUCUUCUUGGAUAGCGCUUUAGGUGGUGGUGUAGCCGCUGUGGUCAUCUCGACCACGCUCAUCGGUCCGUAUCCCCGUCUGGUCAUUCCUCAAGCUGUCAGUGUCCGUUACGGUCUCUCAAUCGGCGCGAAGUGCGCGCCUUUCGUACUCGCCAUGAUGUACAUAUUCUCCCCCAUCGCAUGGCCUACCGCUAAACUGCUCGAUUACAUCCUCGGCGCCUCCGAAGAACACACGUACAAAAAAGCGGAGCUCAAGUCGUUCCUGCAGUUUCACAGGACAGGCGAGGAGCCGCUGAGGGACGACGAGAUCUCUAUUUUGAACGGAGUGUUAGAAUUGAACACGAAGAACGUAGAAGAAAUUAUGACGCCGAUGAAGGAUGUUGUGACGCUUAGUGCGGAUACGAUUUUGGACUCGAAGACUGUUGAGAGUCUCCUCACGUCGGGAUACUCUCGUUUCCCGGUGCACGAGCCCGGUAAACCCCUUGCAUUCGUGGGAUUGCUUUUGAUUAAGAAGCUCCUGUCCUACGACCCCGCGAAAAGUCAAGCCGUCGGGUCGUUCAAGCUCUCGAUUUUGCCAGAGGCCCAACCUUCCAUCAAUUGUUUCCAGGCCUUGGAUUACUUCCAAACCGGCCGUGCCCACCUCCUCCUCAUCAGCGCUACGCCCGGUCAAGCCGGUGGCGCGCUCGGCGUGAUAACCCUCGAGGACAUCAUCGAAGAAAUCAUCUCGGAGGAGAUCGUGGAUGAGACGGAUCGGUACGAGGAUAAUCAGAGCAAGAAGAGGGCGAAAAGGAUGACGACGGCGGCUGUCAUGAGAGGGAUCGUCGAACGCGAACGUCGCGAUACUAGUGUUCCAGGAGACCGCACCCCCCUUCUAGGAGCAGGAGGUGCUGGGGUUGGGUCUCCGAUACCUGAAAAUGAGGUGGCGAACGGGAAUGGACAUGGAACGUAUGGAGCCACCAUCAGUGAGAGUCCGAUGAGCUGA